AUGAAUGAGGCUAUUCGCACAAUUGUAGAAGACGUAUUUGAUGACAUGAAGUCAGCUGAGCUGAAACAUUUCCCUUGGAAUGAACGGCAUAGUCGCAGAAAAGACUCCUUCUCCCACCUUUCUUCUUCCUUCUCAAACCUCACAAAUGCAGAAACCUUUUGUCAAUCUCCUUCCUCAUCCUUCCUUCUCGUGCCAAGCAUAAUGGUUGAUGUUCCAUUUGGAAGCAAAGACGCAUGCCGUCUCGUCAUUGAUGGAGCGAGAGAGGAAGACGGCGAUGUAAGAUGGAGAGUGUCUUGUGGAUUUGAGCGAAUAAAAGGUGAUGAAGGUUUUGGUGAAAGGUUAGUUGAGUAUGUAAUGGAGAUGAUGGCUGGUUUGUGGAGAACUAGUGAAAGAAGAGGGAAUUUGAGAGUGAGCAGACAGAGGGAGUUUAUGUUUCAUUGGAAUUUUUCUGUUUGGAUUGACGUGGCCUGGUUAUGUGUAGAUUUUGCAGGCUGUUUUGACACAGGUUUGACAGGAGCUUUUGGCAUUAUUAUGCAGUUUUUUGCAGCAUUGCAGCAUGGAUGA